UCUAAACACACUGAAUCACUUUGUUCAAAUAGUGUGAACAAAAAAAUUACAGGUUUUAGUAAACCGUGGUUAGAAAACAUAAUUUUCGUAAACAUUCUGCCAGAUAAAUACAAUUAAUCAAUCAUGAUGGAUGAACAUAAAUAUGAAUCGUGCGCCGAUAUCGAUCCUGAGGAAAUUGUUAUUUCGGGCAUUUCUGGUACCUUCCCAGGUGCAGAUAAUAUGAAGCAGUUGCAAGAAUGUCUAUUUAAUAAAGUCGAUCUUCAGACAGACAAACAUAAGCGAUGGAAAUUUGAACAUUCGGACUUACCACGACGUAUGGGAGUGAUUAAUAAUUUAAACAAAUUUGAUGCGGACUAUUUUAAUAUGUGUGAUAUUCAAGCUCAUACAAUUGAUCCAUCACUUAGAAGAUUAUUGGAGCAUACUUAUGAAGCAAUUAUUGACGCAGGGAUCAAUCCAAUGCAACUACGAGAAAGAAAUAUUGCUACAAUUGUAGGACUAUCUUUUUCUGAGUCGCAAGAGAUACUUAUGUAUCGAGACUUGCAGAUUGGUGGUAUGAAUAUUGUUGGCUGUUGUAAAGCUGUAGUGGCAAAUUUUAUUUCCUAUAUGCUGGAUCUGAAAGGACCAUCUCAAGUAGUUGAUACCGCCUGUAGCUCUAGUCUUUAUGCUAUAGCAAUUGCUUGUUACUACAUCACAUCUGGUAAAUGUGAAGAAGCUAUUGUUGCUGCUGGAAAUUUGUGUCUACACCCGACACUGACUAUGCAAUUUUUUCGUCUUGGUGUUUUGUCACCAAUAGGUCAUUGCAGACCGUUUGAUGUAAACGCAAAUGGUUAUACUCGUAGUGAAACUACAUCGGUAUUAUAUCUUCAAAAGGCAAAAAACGCGAAAAGAAUUUAUGCUUUAUGCAAACAUAUUAAACUGAACAGCGAUGGAUUCAAAGAAGAAGGAAUAACAUACCCAUCGGAACGUGCGCAAACACAAUUAUUAACUGAAUUUUAUCAAGAGUGCAAGAUAUCGCCAACUAAUGUGGAAUACGUUGAAGCACACGGUACUGGCACAAAAGCUGGUGAUCCACCAGAAAUUGCUGCUCUCUCUAAUGUUUUCUGUAAAGAAAGAAAGACUCCGUUGUUAAUUGGAUCUAUAAAAUCCAGUCUUGGUCACGCUGAACCAGCCAGCGGUAUGAAUCAAAUCGCCAAGGCAAUAAUCGCAAUGGAAACUGGCUUUAUUCCACCAAUGAUCUACUAUACAUCACCACGACAGGACAUAGAAUCUUUCAGAAAUGGAACUAUACGUGUUGUCACGGAAUCAACGCGUCUUACAAACGGUUACAUAGCCAUGAACUCGUUCGGAUUUGGAGGAGCCAAUAGUCAUUUAUUAUUAAAGUGGAACCCUAAAAGAAAGAUCAAUAACAGUACACCAAAUGAUGAUUUGCCGAGACUUGUUACUAUAUCUGGACGCACUGAAGAAUCAGUGCGUUCGUUUUUAAAAGACAUCGCAAACUAUUCGUUGGACGUGGAGUAUAUUCGAUUACUGCAUGACGUUUAUGCUUAUAAUAUAGACAAUAAUUUAUGGAGAGGAUAUAUUGUACUGAAUAAAAUGCAACAAUGUUCGAUAAAAGAAAUUCAGGCUUAUAGAAAUGAUAAAAGACCUAUUUGGUUUAUAUUUUCUGGAGUGGGUUCACAAUGGUUUGAUCUAGGUCACCAUUUACUAAAAUUUUCCAUCUUUGCACGUAGUAUGGAAAUAUGCGAUAAUGUUUUAAAACCAUACAAUAUAAGCGUAACUUCCAUCAUGACAAUAAUAGACGAAAAGAUAGACAAAAGCCCUUUGAAUACAUUGAUCUGUAUCGUUGCAAUUCAGAUCGGAUUAGUAGAUCUUCUAACAGCUUUGGAACUUAUUCCGGAUAACAUGAUCGGAUAUUCUAUUGGAGAACUUGGAUGCGCUUACGCAGAUAAGUGCCUCACUAUUGAACAAACUAUUCUAGCAGCGUACUUGAUUGCUUCGGCAUGUGUCGAAAGCACUGUGCCUUGCGGAUCUAUGGCAACUGUCAAUCUCGAUUACGAAACUCUCAAAAAUAUAUGUCCAGCAGAUAUUGAAAUUGUAUGUCGCAACAGUCAGAAAAGCAACGUUAUAAGUGGACCCACAGAAUGUAUGCACGUGUUUAUAAAAAAAUUACAAGCUAAUAAUACGUAUGUGCAAGAAAUUUUCUGCAACAACAUACCUUAUCACAGUCAUUAUCUUGCAUCUAUCAAAGAUACACUUUUACAAAACUUAAGUCAACUAAUAUCACAACCUAAGAAAAGGAGCUCAAAAUGGAUCAGUACAUCUGUGCCUUCUGCUGAAUGGUCUACUCCAGCAGCACAAUUGUGCUCCGCUGACUAUCUCACGAAUAUCAUAAUGACUACUGUUCUUUUUGAACAAACAAUACGUAUAAUUCCAAAAACUGCCGUGACUGUCGAAAUUGCACCAACCAGCGUUUUGCAGCAUAUCUUGGAAGAAUCUCUUCAUCCACAAGUGACUAAUGUCGCGCUCACUCAUCGCACGACCGAAAAUCCAGUCGUUAUAAUGUUACAAGGAAUUGGAAAACUUUACAACUGCGGCUUGCAACCACAAAUUGCCGCUUUAUAUCCGCCCGUAGAAUUUCCAGUUAGUCGCGGGACUCCCAUGAUUUCUCCAUCUAUUAAAUGGGAUCACUCCAAAAACUGGAUUGUACCAUAUGAGAUACCAGAAUAUGAUAGCACCAAGGAGAUACUCGUCAAAAUACAUUUUGAUGAUGAUGACUAUGACUAUAUGACGGGUCAUGUAAUAAAUGAGAGAAACUUAUUACCAGCGAUGGGUUAUGUUGCACUUGUGUGGAAAACUAUCGGAAAAAUCAAAGGAGAAUUCUAUUUAGCAUUACCAGUAGUGUUCAGAGAUUUAAGAUUCGUUCGCGCUACUCAUUUAUCAACAAAUGAUAGUGUGGAGUUGACGAUCAGAUUUCACGAAGGAAGCGGAAAGUUCGAGAUAUGUGAAAGAGACACUAUCGUUAUGACAGGUGAGGUGUCCGUUGAAAUAGAUCUUGAGCAGGAAACCGCAUCAAUCGAUUUAUUACCAGAUAAUGAAGAAGAAGAAGAACACAUGAACACUCAAGAUAUUUACAAAGAAUUGAAAUUACGCGGAUAUCAAUACAGUGGUACUUUUCGUGGGUUACUUAGCGCAUCAAUAACGGGUAACAAAGGACACGUUGCUUGGGCAAGUAAUUGGAUUACGUUUAUGGACGCAUUGCUGCAACUGAAUAUAAUCGGAAAAGACACCAACAGUCUAUACGUUCCUACGAGCAUUCGAAAAAUAGUAAUUGAUCCGAUCGCUCAUAGCGCAAAACUACAAAACUAUGCACAAAUAAACAAGACGCAGAAUACUAAUAAAUUGCCAGUACGAAUAUAUAAAAACAUGAAUCUCAUAGUAUCUGGUGGCAUACAGAUUUGGGAUAUGAAAGCUACUUCGAUCAGCCGCCGAAAAAUAAACGCAGAUCCCGUUAUUGAGGAACACAGAUUCGUGGCGCAUCAAGAUCGUGAAAAGAUUUCUUUGCAUGAAGCAAUACGUAUAUCAACGCAAAUUGCACUGGAAGAUCAUCAAAUUACAAAAGUAAAAGCCAUCGAACUGGUAGAAGAUGCAGAUAUCGUGAGCACAGAAGAACUAGCAAUUUCGGCGAUAAUUGAAGCUUGCAAUAAUUUGCCGUUAGUACAGGCAAGUGUUACUCUAAUGACAUCGCUGACUCGUUUUAACGCAUCAGACUUGCCACCGAACGUAACAAUUGCGGAUUUAAAGAAACAUGUAGACACCAAAGUCUUAAUGGUUAUCGGAUUUAAUCUUUUGUCGAAGCGACGAUCACUAGAAAAACUUUUACUCUUUCUUGAAGAAGGUGGUUAUUUAUUAUCGCGUGAGAAACAUGACGUAACAGAAGUAACAGAAUCGUAUCGUGUCUUUUCUGCAUUAAUUGACAACGAUAAUCUAGAACAAUAUGGAUUAAAUGUUAUUCUUGAAAAACGUACUGAAAAAGAAAUAAUUGUGCUUCUAAAAAAACGAAUCACAAUCAAAGAAACAACUGUUGUUCAUAUUAACAAUAAUAACUUUGAAUGGGUGGAAAAAUUGAAGCUAUUUAUAGACGAGAAGGAAACAUUCGAUCAGAACAAAAGAAUUGUAGUUGUUAGCGAAGGCGAUUUCGACUGCGGUUUAUUGGGCUUUGUUAAUUGCUUGAGAAAAGAGCCUGGUGGCGAGCUCGUUAGAGGUGUGUUUAUUCAAGACGAGACUGCUCCAAAAUUUUCUUUGCAAGAUCCCCUCUAUGCGCAACAAUUGCAGAAAGAUAUGACAGUCAAUAUUUUGCGACCUAAUAAAACCUGGGGUUCUUAUCGACAUUUCUGUUUGCCAGCUCCGGAACCUGCAUUUGUUCCCGCUGCUUACGUGUGUCAAACGGAUCGUGGUAACCUAAGUACUUUUUGUUGGAUAGAGAAUGAUAUAUCCAUCGAUUCCCAUUGUGAUGAUUUAGUACGUGUAGUUUAUUCGUCCAUCAAUUUUAGAGAUGUAAUGUUGGCAACAGGAAAAUUAACUACUUUAGACAUCGAAAAGCGAUUCGAAAGUAUGUCUCUUGGAUUGGAAUACGUAGGAUUUGAUGCCAAAGGACAACGAGUAAUGGGAGUACGCGACAAUAAGUGCAUCGCAAAUGUCGUUUUGAAAAGUGAUUUACAAUGGGUCAUACCAGAUACUUGGACGUUCGAAGAGGCGGCUACGGUUCCUUGUGUAUACAGCACGUCGUAUUAUGCUUUAUAUAUUAAAGGAAAAAUGAGAAAGGGUGAUAAAGUACUUAUUCACUCUGGUUCCGGUGGCGUUGGACAGUCAGCAAUUCAUCUUGCCUUACAUGAAAAAUGUGAAGUAUUUACUACAGUAGGCACUGCUGAAAAAAGACAGUUUAUCCGAGAAAUGUUUCCGGCUAUUCCCGACGAUCACAUUGGGACUUCGCGCGACACUAGUUUCAAAGAGAUGAUUAUGCGCCAGACAAACGGUCGCGGUGUUGACAUAGUGCUGAAUUCAUUGGCGGAAGAAAAACUUAUAGCAUCUGUUCGUUGUUUAGCGCGUAAAGGUCGUUUCUUGGAAAUCGGAAAGUUCGACUUCGUGUCAAACAAUCUUUUAGACCUAUCAUUAUUUGGAAAAGGAAUUUCUUUUUACGGUGUUUUAUUGGAUUUGAUUUUAAAAAGAGAAAAACACAAACACAAGACCGAGUUACUGAAAUUAAUGGCUGAUGGUCUUAAGAAUGGUGUUAUCAAACCUAUAAAAGCUAAAGUUUUCCAACGAACAGAAAUCGAAAAAGCUUUUAGAUACAUGACAAGUGGAAAGCACAUAGGAAAGAUAAUUUUGAAUAUUCAAGAGACAGACAAAUGUCUUGUAAAUGCGCCGAUCAUCGCACAUCGUCGUUACUAUUGUCUUAGCGAUAGAACUUACAUCAUACUUGGCGGUCUAGGUGGCUUUGGAUUGGAAUUGACCGAAUGGCUGAUAUCUCGGGGUGCGAGAAAUGUCGUGUUAACUUCAAGAAGCGGAAUAAAAACUGGUUAUCAACGCCUAAAGGUCUCGUUAUGGAGAUCUUACGGCGUAAAUAUAACGAUUGUUAAAAAUAAUAAUAUUAUCAAUCCUACAGAUUGUGAACAUCUUUUGCUAAGUGCAGAAAAAGACGCACCUGUAGAUGCUAUAUUUAAUCUUGCUGUUGUUUUGAAAGAUAAUAUUUUAAAGAAUCAAACUAUCGAGAGUUUCGUAGAAUCUUUCAGAGCUAAAGCCUGGCCGACACUGAUGUUGGAUGAACUGUCUAGAAAGAUUUGCCCUAAACUCCGACAUUUUGUUGUGUUCUCUUCGGUUUCCUGUGGCAGAGGAAACGCCGGCCAAACUAAUUACGGCAUGGCUAAUUCCGUGAUGGAAAGGAUAUGCGAAAGAAGGGUAAAGGAUGGAUUUCCUGGUUUAGCGAUACAGUGGGGAGCUAUAGGUGAUGUAGGUCUUGUUGCUGACAUGCAGGAGAAUGACAAAAAACUCGUUAUUGGUGGCACGCUGCAACAAGGAAUAUUAUCUUGCCUUAACGAACUCGACAAAUUCUUACUUCAGAAUCGGCCGAUCGUAAGCAGCAUGGUAGUGGCUGAAAAGAAACAGAGAGCAUCCGAAUUCACCAAUAUUUUCGAAAUUGUUGCUGCUAUUAUGAAUAUAAAAGACGUUAAAAAAUUAAGUCAGACUACAUCUCUGGCCGAGCUUGGGAUGGACUCUAUGAUGGCAGUGGAGAUUAAACAAACUAUGGAACGUGACUUCAACGUGUACCUCUCCUUACAAGAAAUACGAAGUCUUACCUUUGCAAAACUCUUUGAUAUGUCUGACACAAAGACUAUUGUUAAAGAAACAUCUGAAAAAGCUACAUCUGAUGAGAGAACCGAGAACAUAUUUGGUAUUGUACAAAACGAAGAUUUCAUCUCUGAAAUCUUUGUAGACUUGUCGCCUAAAAACAAAGAAAGUGCUACUCAAGUCUUUCUUAUACCAGGAAUUGAUGGUUGUGGAACUAUAUUUAAUCAUUUAGAGAUGUAUAUUAAAUUUUCUGCAACAUCUUUGCAUUAUAAUACAAAUGUUAUUUCCACUUGUAAUACUUUGUCAAAGAUGGUUGAGAUUCUCGAACAGGUUAUAUUAAAAAAAUUACAAGACAAAAAAGAUUUUGUCAUGGUUGGAUAUUCCUUCGGAGCUAUUCUCGCAAUAGAACUUGCAACACGAUUGGAAACCGUAGGCUUUAAAGGUCGAAUAGUUCUUAUCGAUGGUGCACCUGAUCACUUAGUGUUACUAAACAAGCAUCAUAUAAAAUUAUUUGUAGAAUCUGCAGGAAGUAAUGAUGCAGAAAUGCAAGUUUCUAUUUUUAUUAGUAUUCUGAAAAGUUAUAAAAUCAAAAUAAGUAAACAGGAAUUCUUGAUGGAAUUGCAAAAGUGUAAAAAUAACGAAGAGAGAUUUGACAUUUUUGCAAAAUACUUUUUGGCUCAUACCUCAAUGCUCUCGCUUGCAAAUUUGAGGACACUGUAUACAACAGUGUAUAAACAUACACUUAUUCUUCAGAAAUAUGAUACUUCUGCUAUACCACGUAUUAAAUUGCCUGUAACUUUGCUGAAACCUACAAAUCCUUCCGUGCUUGAGGCCGACGAGGAUUACGGUUUACACAAAAUAACAUCUAAUGUGACGAUACAGUACGUUGAAGGGAAUCACGUGACAAUUUUGAGAAAUCCUAAGGUGAUUACUGCAAUAAAUGGAGAAAUUUAAUGUAUUCUUUCAUAUGAGAUAACAUAAGUGGAGGUGAGGAAAGUCAAUUGUAACAUGGAGCAAUUGUAACAGUCAAUACAAAAAUAUCAUAGAGUUGAAAAAAAUAUUUUUUGUUUUUAAUUAUGUUUUCCUAUUUGAGUUCUUAAGUUGACGAGAAUUCUAAAU